AUGAAAAUGUUGAAUCGGCAGAAACCUCGGCUGGAGCGAAAGAUCGUUGGCUCAACCAACCGAUGGCGUUUCCCCAAAAAUCCUUUCUCUGGAGAUUUGUUGGCACUUUCCCAGAUGUGCAGGGCUUUGAGCAUAGACUUGGAUGAGACUCUGAAGAACUCAGACAGGACAUGCGUUUCACAGAUUCAGAAAAUUCUCUCUGAAAAUCUCAGCAAUCAGACCAUCCAAAGUGGGGAGGCAGAUGUGAUUCUCGAGUGUCUGGGCUUCACGUGGGAGCUCCAUCAUCCACAGCUCUUUCAGUCCGAGACCCUCGCCAGGCUGUACUUGAUGGCUGUGUACCGGGGCACAAAGAUCCCCAUGAAGGAACAGGAGAGGUUUAAGAAAGCUCCAUCUCUGGAGAAGAGCAGAGACCCACCCCCCAUUAAGAAGAUGACCAUUUCUUUGAAGAUCAAUGACCCACAGGUCACCAAAGUUGCCUUUGCCUCGGCCCUGAAGCACCUGUACUUGGAUGACUUGGAGAUGAACGUAGAAGACGUGCUGGGGGUGCUAGCUUCCGCACACGUCCUCCAGUUCUCCGUCCUGUUCCAGAGAUGUAUAGCCUUCAUGGUGAAUAAAAUCUCACCAAGUACCAUCAAGGACUUCUACAUGGCUGGCUGCAAGUACAAGGAAGAACAGCUCACCAGAGCCUGUCAGCAGUGGUUGGAGAUGAACCUGGUCCCUGUGAUGACGUACAACAGCCACCUCCGGAACAUUCCGCAGGAGCUACUCCACAGGGUGCUCCAGUCCCCCAGUUUGUUUACAUUUAGUGAGUUUCAUCUUCUGAAGACUGUGCUGUUUUGGGUCUACUUGCAACUACACCACAAAAUGCAGACCGUCCCCGUCUAUGAGAAUGUGUCAGCUUUCUUCAGCAGCUUCCCCAGGACGUGCGCCUUUUUGGACCAGGACACAGGACACAGACUGCUGCCGCUCUUCCUCUGCCUGCGUCUUCACAGCAUAACCAAAGGCAAGGAUCUGGAGGAACUGAGGCACCUUAAUCUCUUCCCGGAGGCCUGGUUGACCCGGAUCACAGCCUGCCAUUACCAAGCACUGGAGAAUGGAGGUGAUAUGGCCCACCUGAAAGAUUUCCCCACCCAGGCCAUACGAUUCGGGCUGCUCUUUACACAGGAAUAUACAAGUUAUUCAAAGACGAUUGCUAUGUAUGGGUUCUUCUUUGAGAUAAAGGGAAUCAAACAGGAUGUUACCUCGUACAGUUUUUACAUACAGAGGAUAAAGCACACAGAUUUGAAAUGCCCCUCCACAGUCUACGAGCACAGUCUGGUAAGCCUGCGGACAGAACGCCUGGUGAAAUACCAAAUCAGAGCCCAGACCCUGGUCAAUGGCAAGUGGCAGAACUUCAGAACCAACCAGAUCAUGCAGAAGUUCGGGCUCUUCCAGCCAUCCUGCAAAAGCCAUACCUUGAAAUUCCAAACUCUGGGCAUCCCCAUCUAUGCAAGUUUCACAUUCAUUUUCCCAGUGUCUUGA